AGAUAAUAACGAACAGUAUUCUGAAAUAUUGCCAUUUUUAAGUAAGACGUCAUUUCCGUUCUCUUCGUUGUUGCAACACCCUGUUCUGUUUUCAUUAGAUGAUUUUAGUAUUUAUCUUGGUGAUAUGAAUACUUAGAUGGAAAUAUAUGAUCUCUUAAUUAAGGUACGUUAACAGCAGAGCUAGGUGGGAGUGAAGUGGAGCAGAACCGUGAAAUGUGCCAAGUGUUUCUAAGCGUGGACAGUGUCGGCAAAAAUAAAACCACACCAGUAUAUUUACCGCUGCCCGGCGAAAUAUACUGCCUACUUCCUAUACAAAGUAAGUUUGAUCCCUACGGAAAUCUUGGGAAAAAUCGUUACUCAGUCCGAGUAGCACCGAGAGUCCUUGCAACCGCGGGCAUAAUGUAUUAAAUCCGUCCAGAAAGUAUAAGUGGUAUCCGUUCCUUAAAAUAUUUAAAACUAAAAAAACAAAAUGUAUUUGAUCGUACACUAGUGCUGUAAACAUGUGAAACAUUUACCAUUUUUCACUGUUCUCCUCCUUAAACGGAUCCUUUAUUAAAUAUUAAAUGUACUUUCUUUCUGUUACAUUUAUCAGCAUCCUGUGUGCAUGGAUUGUUUUGAGCGAUGUGAAUGUAUAUUCUUUAAAAUAUAACGUACCUACAUACCUAUACAAACUUUGUUUUAACUCUCUUUUUUAAGUUUAUGCUACAAAUAUAGAUUUAGGACUGGUAAAGGCCCUAUUCGCAAGGUACUAAGAUUUAAUAAUUACUGUUUUAUAUUAUCCUUGUCACAGAUUGAAAAUUCUAACAUCUCAUAUUGCAUGCAGACUUAAGUUGGUAUUUACUGUUACAUGAAAAUGUAUGUAAAUAAAUAACAUCGUCCUUGGAUACUGAAUAUUUGUUUCAUUUAUGUUGUAACUCCUUUUUUUAGGCGAGGGAAUUCUCAUGGACACCCCCUCGGGGGAAGGAACGGGAGGUGUGCUCUUACUGACUAAACCUAACCGCCGGGUGCCGUCAGCCGCGUUUAUUGCCGACACGUAGAAAACUAGAAACGCAUAGCAUUGCUGCACCUAUAUAUAAAAGUUAAAUACCACUCGCUGAUUUAUUACGAAAUCUCAGAAACUAUAACAAUUAUAAACAUGAAAAAUUGCCAGGUUAUUUAUUUAUUCGGGAAACAAAUAGAUAUAAUAUAUGAAAUGAAGUUAUAAGUUAUAGGGUGUAGAUACCAGCUAUUCAUGGAUUUUAAAGUAAACGAAGAUCUAUUUCCCAUUAAAUCCCCUUAGAGCUGGAGUUUGUAUGAAAGUCCUAUGUUUUCAAGGUAUGAGACGUUAAAAUUAAAUUGUCUGUUCUAGAUAGAUGGCAUGAAACCGUACUGGUAAUGUAUCUUUGGACGUCAGUGUUAAAACAGGAAGAGGCAGUUUGUAUAAACACCCACGUUCUAACCACAGGCGGCCGCUGUUUAUUAAUAAAAAAAAAAAAUCUUAUUCAGCAUUAUAUCCUGCUGUCCUACAUUACACUGACGUACUAUCAAAAGUUACACGUGACACAGCACUUUUAUAACGUUAUUUUGUUACCUUAUCAAUACUGAUAACAAUUUUAUCCGCACUUGGAAAAAAGUAUUAGUUUCACCGGUGAUUAGAACGAUGGAAGUAGAAAACCAUUUAAUAAAGUUUAAAUUAUUGUUGGACAAUGUUUUUGAAGGAAAACUUGUGUUAACCGAAAGAAACACAGAACAACUGUUGCACUGGUUAGAACAUCCACCUGAGAACAGACCUGGUGCAAGCGUUUUGGAGACACCCCGGUUUUCGGACCUUAUUUUGGAGGCAAUCAAAAAUAUACCAAAAGCUGGUAUAACCGUCAGCAUUUUUCUUAUAAAAGUUGUUACGAUUCUAGUCAAGAAUGAGCUUCAGUUUAGCAAGUUGCAAUUGCAAGGCUUAUCAGGGUCAUGCAUACAUUACUGCAUUAUCAGGGUUCUAGAACCAAACCCUCAACCACCUGAACUACAACUAGCCUGCAUCAAGCUUGCCACAGCACAUAUAGCGCAUUGCUCGGGACUAAAAGUGUUGUUGGAAAACAAUGUUUGGAGGAACAUAUUGAACAGCAGCAUCCAUGAUAAACAACGGCCUAUUGCGAAUGCAGGUUACAAGUUUCUAUCAGAACUAAUUCAGAAACUGAGUGAAUACGAGAAGCAUUCGGAAAUCACAGAAGUAUUGGGAUGUAUCGUAAAACCAAUAAUUUCAAGCGAAUAUCUACAACUAGAAGUUAUAGACCCAGAGACUGACGAAAUUCUUUAUAAUAAAAUAAAAACAUAUUUGAACGCUUUACUAGUUAUACUGACUGAUGAAGGAAAUUCAAAUCACAAUAUUGUUGUCAACCAAUUAAGAUCAUACUUCUUAUUUGAUCAUCCUUUGUUUACCCUUCUAUCUGUCACCCGACUAACUAGUCUGGCGUCCUUGUUAAAUGAUAUCGCUUUUAGGUAUUUAUUUGGCCUCUAUAAGAACCUAUUGUUUGCAGAUAAGUCAGAUGAGUUUUGUAAUGAAAUUGUCGCUUACUACCAUAAUUGUAUGGUACGCUGUGUAAAAAAGCGAGACAUACGAGCCAUCACAGACUUUUGUGUGAAAAGUAUUAUAUUUUGGUCUAACUUCGAAAGUAUGAAUAAAGACAAAUUCAAGUUUCCACUCACGUUUGAAAGAAACGGACACAAAUUGGAAUUAACUAACCAAGUACUAUUGCACUUGCUAUCACCGAUUUUUAAUUUCUCAUAUUGUCAUCUUAAAAAUAAGGUGGCAUCAUUUCAAGACUACAUAGAAGAAAACUGUUCCAACAUUCUAGAUGUCGUGGCAGAUCACACACUAUCAACGAUUUAUUUAAUGAGAAGUCUGUUCGACACUACAGACAUGAAACAAGUUAUGUUUGAGACGGCGAAAGAGUUAUUUAGAUUAAAGGGUUAUUUGAGCACUUUCCAGGCAGGAGUUGUUUUUCAAAGCCUUUAUCAUGCUUUGAACGAUACUUAUACACUAUCGGAUGAGCAAGGCAGACUGAAUUUUAACGAGAACCCAAUGGAAAAAUUAAAUGACGAGAAGUUGCUGUCUCUUCUUCUUGACUUAAUACACAUGUUGUUAAAGGAGCACACCCUUUGCUGGUAUCGGAACUUUGAAGUUAUCUGCCUUCAAGAAAUACUUAUGAAUCUACUUAGACAAUAUAUUUUAAACACAAAACAAAUAGUCAAAAUAUUAGAUUUGAUCAACAUUUGCAUAAAGAACUUCAUAUCACCAGACAUGGCACUGCUCUUAGAGAGUAGGCAGGAUAGCACCCUGACCGAGGUAGGAGCGCUCAUGAAGACAUACCUACAACACGAUGACUGGGAAGUGAAGGACUCCGCACUCAACCUGCUCUUCACCUGCAUUGACGUAGCUUACGUUAAAUACACUCCCUUACAAAAAAUAAUUCGUGAUGAAAAUCUUCUGUUAUUCGCCGCUAAGCUGGCGCUUACAGACCAGGAGUACUACGUGCAGAUCUUGAGCCUUAAAUGCUUGGCUUAUGCUACCAAACUCGACAGCAUUUGGAGAAAUUUAGUCCGCAGUUACCCCCAGAUAGGCAUCCAUCUUCUCUGCACAGUAAGGAACAAUCCACAAGGAAUGGUACGAAGAGAAGCAGUCCUCGCGUUGACUGGGAUUUACAUAAAUCAUAAAGUGAGCCCUAAUUUCCAGAAAUCUUUAUACGAGGGAAUGAUUAUUGCAGCAUUAGACGACUUCCAUUCAGAAGUGCAGAAGGCGGCUCUUUACUUCUGGUACCAUGUGGUGCAAACAAAUCUUUCUCUCCGAGGAAUGCGUGAGGGGAAGUUCCCAUCAGUAACAUUUUCUAAAGAAAAGAAAAAGAUUUUAACACUAGACGAACAAGAAAUUGCAAGACAACUGACAUCUAUUUUGAACGACUUGUCUUCCUCAGGAUGCCUUACAGUCCUUCUCGAAAGCAUGAACGAGGUAAAUGACGUCACAGUCAUGAAGAGUGCACACUGUCUGUCAAAGCAUCUGGUUGAAAUUCUAGACCAGUAUAAAUUUCAGAAGGUUGUAGAUGGCGGAACGACGCCUCCAAGUAAGGACAUUAAGUCUACAGAAUAUAUACAGGAUAUGUCCAUGGAUUUAGGCUACGAAGGGAGUACUGAGGAAUUUCGAAAGAAAGUUAUCGAUGAAAUAAUGAGCGUGAAUCAGAGCGAGCUUAUAAUGAACCUGUAUGAUCGUCAGCAGGAAAGCAAACCAAUCGGUAUUAUGGACAACGGUAGCAGCGGAUGCUGCGCUUCGAAGAGAAAAUUGGUGAAUGCCAACAAGUUUUUGGAAACGUUUAGGAGUACAGAUUAUGAAACAAUUAUAAACAAUAAGUUGCAAUGGAAUGCUGAUGCAUACAGCAGUUUAGAUGCUUUGUUAGAUGAAAUUUUAGGAGUGUAACAUGUAUUUGUAAGUUUUAUAAGUCUAAUUACAAUCAGUAUUUAAUCAC